UAGUUUUUAGACAUUUGACAAAAAAGAUGGCAGCGAUUGCCGACUGCUGUCCUUCGGAUUUAUUGCGAAAAUGGCGCAUUAUGUGAAAUUUUCACGUUAUUUAUUAAUUAUAAGUGAAAAUUUGUGCAGUGCUGCUUUGUGAUGGUGUGUUAAAGUUACAUGAAUGACAGUGAUAAUCGUGUGUAAAUAGGAGGACAGCUUUCUUUGGGAUAUUGGAUUACACAUAAAAUAAAGACAAAAUGGUGGUCGGCGAGAACAAGCGUACGGCCAACAUCAUGGACGGUAUCGAGAAUACCGGCGAUGUGCGGCUACAUGAUCAUCGGUUACGGCUGAAACAAAGAUUCGAUAUAGUAAGAAAAUUAGGCCAAGGUACAUACGGAAAAGUGCAAUUGGGUAUUAACAAGAAGACUGGACAAGAGGUGGCAAUUAAGACGAUAAAGAAAUGUAAAAUUGAAACAGAAGCUGACUUGAUACGCAUUCGACGAGAGGUGCAGAUUAUGUCUUCGGUCAGGCACCCGAAUAUUGUACAUAUAUAUGAAGUAUUUGAAAAUAGUGAAAAGAUGAUUUUGGUAAUGGAAUAUUGUUCCGGUGGCGAAUUGUACGAUUAUCUUAGUCAGAAAAAAGUAUUAGAAGAAGAUGAAGCAAGAAGGUUAUUUCGUCAAAUUGCAACCGCUGUAUAUUAUUGCCAUAUACAUAAGAUCUGCCAUAGAGAUUUAAAGUUAGAAAAUGUCUUACUCGAUGACACGGGCAGUGCCAAGAUAGCGGACUUCGGUCUCUCCAAUGUGUUCAAAGAAACAUCAUUAUUGUCUACGUUCUGCGGCUCCCCGCUGUAUGCGUCGCCGGAAAUCGUUAAAGGAACGCCUUAUAUUGGUCCUGAAGUAGACUGUUGGUCACUGGGAGUACUACUUUACACACUGGUGUACGGCGCCAUGCCGUUCGACGGUUCUAACUUUAAACGCCUAGUUCGACAGAUUAGCAACGGAGAUUAUUAUGAGCCUAAAAAUCCGUCUACCGCGUCGCCUUUAAUUCGUGACAUGCUGACGGUGGACCCGUUGAAGCGUGCCGACAUCGUGUACAUUUGUGAUCAUCCGUGGGUGAACACGGGCUGCGAGACGUCGUGCCUGGAGGUGGCCGAGGCGCUCGCUGCGCAGACGCCCGUGCGGCUCGACUUGCUGCUGUCGCUCGCUCCCGCCGCGCCCUCGCACUCCAACAGUGUCGUCGUGCCGCCUGAGCAGACAGAACUUGGCGGCCCUGAUGAGAGCUGCACAGACCUAACAAGCUCCACCUCGAUGGCAGUGGAACCCAGCAAUUCGGCUGAGAAACGGAUUCUGGAACUUGUAGCAGAGGGUGGCGAAGACGCGAUAAAACCAUCGCCGACGCGCACCAUCGUGUCUGCGGGUGACAACAAGCGCAAGCUCGAGCUCGCCAUGUCUGCGAGCGGAUUGCAGAGGAAGAAGGACAGGGUUGCCAGUUGCGCCAGUAUCGCCGGAGCGCCGCCCGCGUUGCCGGAGGAAGCAAGUGUGCCUGACGAGGAGCCGGAGUAUAAUAACGAUGAGGCCCCACAACCAUCCCUUAAAUCGUCGGCCACUAUCACGAUUGCGCCUGCGCCUGCCACAGUGGAGCUUAGCAAGGCGCCAACCGUUGAAAUUAAAGAUGUGCCCAAAGAUGAGGAGAAACCCAAGGUGGUGACGCCAAAGAGAGCUGCGAAAAUUGACACGUCUCCAGAGAAACCAGAAGAAACUAAGGUGGAAAAUAAUAAAUCAACGGUAUCUGCGGCUGCAGAUAAGCUCACCUCUCUGUCGCUAACUCAGCCGGCGCAGACACCUGCUGCCGCUCCAGCGCCCGCACCAGUCAAACCAAAGAAAUUGUCUAUCGGUGGUCACGUUGGUAGCUUCAAGGAGCAAUUCGAAAGAAGAGCAUCUCUUACCACAUCGCCAGAAGUAAAACGAAAUGUUUCCAAACCAGUUGUGUCGAAAAUCGCGAAGCCUAAAGCUCAAAGUGAAGAUCGCGAGCUAACAAGCAAACCGCAUGAUAAUGGAACAGUGCGUCUGCAACAGAUCGGCAUCGAACCACCUCAGUCGCCAGUCGAAAGUGGAGAGGGGCAACAAACGCAAAUGAACACAGGCGGUGUGAAGAAGACGGAGAGCGAGCCCGCGCACGCCUCCACUGCGGUCGACCCGGCUGUGCUGUUGCAGGAUGCUAGAAGGAGCCUGCAGAGUUCUAUGGCGAAAUUGGUGGAGGAACGCGCGGGAGAGGAGAGCCGCCGUCGCGCCGCUAGAGACAUCAUAUCCUCCGCUAUUAGAACUGGCAAGCCGCCGGUGCCGUACGGGCGCUCGUCGUCGGCGGGCGUGACGUCACUCGCGUCGCCGCCGUCCACGCCGCCCGCCGCCGCGCCGCCGCGCGCCGACGGCAAGCUGUUCCGCACCGAGGCGCAUCACCGCGUCGAGGACCAUCGUAACAGAGGCGUGUCUGUGGAGCGCAUCAUACCAAUCAGCAUGUCGCCGGAGGACGCGACGGCCCCGCCCGCCGCCCCCGCGCCCGCCCCGCCCGCCGCCGCCCCCGCCCCCGCGCACAAGCCCGCACCGCGCUUGCACACACCGCUUAGGCGUCUGGCGUCGAGCGAGUCGACCGGCGCGGGCGAGGCGAGCCCGAGCGGCGGCGAGCCGAUAAAGAAGUCGGCCCGCGAGUUCAUCAUACCGAUCGCGGUGGAGGGCAAGGGCUACGUGACGCCGCGCCAGCGCAGCCUCGAGCCGGAGGCCGCGCCGCGCUCGCCGCUCGCGCACCCGCCGCGCCUCACGCCCAGGCGCAUCAGUAGUCUAGUUAGCGGUGGUGAAUCCGAAGAAGAAGAUGAUACUCAUAUGCAUAGAUUGAGGUCGAGUCGCUUGGCCCGCGCGGAGUCUGUCAGCUCUGGCGAAGAAGACGAAGAGGAUGAGGGCUUCCACCUGCUCACCGCUGAGAAUCUAUUCUCUACUCUACUGCACAGGGUGCGUGCGCUAACUCAGCGUCUAAACGGCGAAGAGGGCACGGGCUUCCAGCAUCCGCACUCGCUUUUCAACAAUUUGCAUUCACCGUUCUUUAACAGCCCUCACUUACCUCGGAGACAUUUCAUCACACAUAGGUAUACGGAAAAUAAAAGAAGCGUUUCAGAGACGCGCGAGGGGUGGUCGUCGCGCGACAUGCAGUCGCCGUUCGACUCGAUGUUCAGCAAGUCGCGCGCGCAGAUGCCGCGAGAUCCACUGGCUCACCUAAAAGCGAAGGCGACGGUACAGAACGCUCUGCGAAAGGCGACUGAGAGACGUUACUAGGGAUGUAUUGCACCACACUCGUUGCUGUUCUCUUUACAUAAGCAUUUUCAUAUAAUCCAUUAAUGUAUGUUCGAAUCUACUGCAGUCUAAUAUUUAAAACGAAUCUCCAAUAUGUUUUCUUGCUAAUGUCCUGUUGUUGAAUAUAGAGAUAUCUUGCCAAUGGAGUAGUCUGCUUGCAUUUGCAUAGUUUGUACUUAGACUAAUGCACAUAAAAUCUCAUUAGUGGCAAAUUAGAAGUUAAAUUUCGGUAGGUUUUAUUGUCAUCGAUCAUCAUAGCUGUGAUGUUGUCAUUUUUGCUUUUUAAAAUAUUAUAUAUUACGAACGAUAUGCGAUAAAAUAAACAAAAUGAAACGCCAAAUGUACGUUUUGUAUAUUUAUUAAAAUUUUAUAUGAGUAUAUAAUGCCAAAUAUUAUUGAACCGUAAAAUGAUAUGAAAUCAGUUUAAUUGUGAAUUGAAUCUUAUGUGCCUUUAUAAACCAAAAGCGACUGGAUUUGUCCAUUUUAUUAAGAGACAUGAAAUGACACGAUUUAAUGUGUGUUUGCACAAAUAUAUUUAUUACUCAAUAUUUUUAAAUGAUUAAGUUACUAUUAAUUGACUUAUAACUAUGCGCUUCCCUAAGUCAAUUUUAAGUUUAAAUGUUGAUAAUUUAUCAGAUAGUAUUGUUUGCUAAGUCAUGUAACAGUUAUCGAAUAGAAUGGUGCUUAGUUAAAACGUUUUCUUAGACAUAAAUUGUAUUAAUAAACAUUGUCUCUUAUAACGUAAAAGUAUUACAGGUAAUUAAAGUUCUCGAAUUUUAUUACAUCCUCAUAAUAUUAUUUGUUGACAGAUCAGAAGUAUUUUGAAUGAUAAUAUAAGUUUUAACUUAAUUUGUUGCCAUUUUCAUUGUUUUACUAUAUCAUUUUAAGCCCAAUUUUUAUAAGCAAUAAUGAUUUCAUGUUUUUUAUUCGUAUUAAAAUUAUUUAUUAAUUUAAUCAUUAGUAUCGAGCUAUUUAUUUGUGUGUAGUGAUUAAUAAUAUUGUUCGGUGUCAUAGUCAAAAUGAACUCAGAAUGUGAUUGAAUAAUAUUUUAAUUGCUAUCACGCGCGUUUUGUAUUGAAUGUGAAUAAAUUAUAGUUAAAACAA